UGACUGAAUGGGGAAAUAAGAGGUCUGCUGCGGCUCUUCCGCCCUUGCUAAGAUGGAGGAGGCGAAGAGUCGGUGGAGGUGUUAAGGGCCCCCAGUUCUCCUCAGUGUUCUGAUAGAGUUGCUGGGGGCCAUUGAGUACAUUCAGGACAGCUACUUUACUGCCAAAAUGACAUCUUCCACCUCUACACAAUAUCCAUCAUCAGAGAGUGCCUGCAGAUCAUCACUUGAACAAGUCAAACAGGUACGACCAAAACUGGCACUCCUGAAGAUUCUGCAAGCUGCAGGUGCUCAGGGCGAAACUUUCACACUAAAGGAGAUAAUACAUUACCUUGGAGAGUAUAUUGUGCUGAAGCAGCUGUAUGACAAACAACAGCAGCACAUAGUGUAUUGUGGAGGAGACCAGUUGGGGGAUCUUCUGGGUUGUGAAAGCUUCUCUGUGAAAGACCCAAGCCCAAUUUAUGAUAUGCUGAAACGGAAUGUGACUACAUCUACUGUUACAGAUGCUGCACAGAGAGUUGCUCUCGCAAAGGAUCAAAGCGUGAAUAAUCCAAGCCAAGAUCAACUGAAGCAGAGUAGUACAGAGAGAAGCUUCAUCACUGGGCAAAAAGGCGACGAAGUUGACAUACCUGUCUUGUCUACCUCAGGGUAUAUAUGCAAGGAGGAUAAAGAUAAUCUUUCGAAAGAACAACCCACACUGGAUCUGGUGCUUGAAGAGUGGGAUGUAGCUGGUCUUCCAUGGUGGUUUUUAGGGAAUCUGAGAAACAAUUACAAGUCCAGAAGUAAUGGCUCAACAGAUAUGCAUACUAAUCAGGAUGUAGACACUGCCGUCGUUUCAGAUACUACUGAUGACUUGUGGUUCCUUAAUGAAGCUGCUUCAGAUCAGUUAGGUGUCACAAUCCCAACAAAGACAGUUGACUGUGAACAAGCUAAUGAAGAAGGAAAAGAUGAUAUCAAAACAAUGAGUGAAGUUGCAUCAUCUGGUGACUUUGAAGAUUCACAAUCCUUAAGUGAUGAUACAGACACAGAUGCGCCCUCUGAGGAUUGUUGGCAGUGCACCAAAUGCAAGAAGUUUAACUCUCCUGUCAAACGGUACUGUUUCCGCUGCUGGGCCUUACGGAAAGACUGGUUCUCUGACUGCCCCAAGCUAGUACAUUCUCUCUCCACAUCCAACAUUGCCGCAAUGCAAAAUAAAGAGGACCCAGAAGGGAUAGAUGUCCCAGACUGCCGAAGGACAGUGUCUGCUCCAAUUGUCCGGCCCCAUUACUUGUGCAGAUCAGAAAAUGAACCCAACCUGUGCCCUGGAAGCUCUAUGGAUUCCCUGGAUCUUGCAGGCACAAAACCUUUGCUGCAGUUUGGUAAGUGCAAAGAAAAGGAAGAAGAGGUGCAGUCUCUUGAGAGUAGCAAAGAAUUGCUGAAGCCUUGCCUUGUGUGCCAGAAGAGGCCACGGAAUGGGAAUAUUGUCCAUGGAAGGACAGCUCACCUAGUUGCCUGUUUCACUUGUGCAAAAAUGUUAAAAAAAGGCCGAUCCCCUUGCCCAGUGUGUAAGAAACAGAUUCAGAUGGUGAUCAAGACUUUUAUAAUAUAACCAUGCUAUUUGUCAGGGGCUGCAGGGAAAUAGCCGUCAUUCAAUGGAUAGCUACUAAAGGUAAUGCUGUAUAUCUAGAUGUAUAUUUUUUCUUACUAGAGAAAGCAAAUACAACUCAAAGGAAAUGUGAACUCAGAAGAGAAAUAUGAUGUCAAGCUAAUCAAUGUCAAUGUGCAAAACCUGAGAGCCAAAUUUCUCAACCAUUUAUACAGCAUGUUCAGUAUGUGAGCUACUUUAAUGGAUGCAAUCUAAUUGACUGGUAAAGAAUUCUUGGUUAUAACUAUGUCAGCUGACCAUGUAUUAUCCCUAAGAUGAGCAAUUCUUUGUGCAGAAUGGUGCCAGUUCUAAACUUUGGAAAUUGUAUUGCACAGUGUGUCAAACUGUUUAGAAAACUAACUUCAAAGAGUUGAUUAUUUAUAUUGUAUAAGUUAGCACCAGAGGAUGGAUAUCUAGUUUUCACAUAACCUGAGAUACCGCAGCAAGGUUUAUUCCCCAUAGAAGAUUGUGAAUAAAUGUUGGGAAAACUCAUAUAACCUAGUAAGCUUAAUCCUGGUACGAACUAGCCUAUUUUGAGGUCCAGAGUCCCAUUCAGAUGUUGCUCUAUAAAGAAGCAAUUUGUGGUUGAUGGUUGAGAUCACUCUUGUGAUUGGGAUCAUCUCUCAUGAAUGUUCAGUGGAAUAGGGUUCUAUUUUAACUGUGCAGUUGUUACCCUCAAACCAGGGGUUAAUGAUUCUUCAGUUUGGAUUUAUGUGCAUUGGCAUCUUUUUUCUGAAAUUUUACCCCAAACCAUUGGAGUAUGUGGGCAUGGGUGCUCUGUGUCUCUGCCUUUGUGUGGGAUGUUCACAACUGGAACAGGAUCUGAAUAGGGCAUAAAGAUACAGCUUAACCACAUGAUUGUUGUGUUUGGACUUGUUGCAGACUUUAAGCCCUUAAACCAACCUUUGCCAACCUGGUGCCUUCCAGAUCUGGAACUGAUGAGAGCGGUAGUCCAAAAUAUCUGGAGAACACCAGAUUGGUGAAGGUUUCCAUAGACUGUCUUUCAGUUUUUUCUAAGUUAUGGUGAAGGCAAAAAUAAUAAUCUUACACUUGUAACUUUAAAAUGUAAUUCAAAAUGUCUCAGAAAAUCUGUGUGUUACCUUCUCCCUAAUUACAGAGUUAAAGCCGGACAAUUUAAGUAGCAUUUGAAGGAUACUGUGCUUUGUUUUAUGAAUACCAACCAAGGCCCUUUGAGAAGUCAAAUCAUAUUUAGUAAGGGGCAGGUCUGUUUGUACAUCAUAAAUUAUAAUAAAGGACCACUUUUUAUAUAGCCAUAAUAAACAUUCUUCUCAAACUCAAAUUCUUGAAAAGAUGGUUGCACUGCCUAUAUCUACUAAUACAACUUAAUCCUAGUAGUCGUUUUGCCAAAGAACUUGCCAUUGCAGCUGCCUGGGGUUAAGGGUACACAGAAGAGAACAGGACUCUUUGGAGUUUCUUCUGCCUCUCCUCUUGUCUUCCUGUUCUCCAGCAAUUGUUCCUGAUCAUGUGUAUCAUGGCGUUGCCGUUGCUCCUGCCACAAUCUGGUCUCCUGUCACCUCUGUUUUCUCUCCCUUUGCACCACAUGGGAUAGGUUUUCAGGAAGGUUCAGGGCUAGAUGGAAGCAGAUUGUAUAACAGGUGGAGGGAGGCCCUUGAGAUCCUCCACACGUUGCUGGAUUACAACUCCCAUUAUCCCUGACAAUUGGCCGUGCUAGCUGGGACUGAUAAGAGUUGAUGUCCAACAGCAUCUAGAGAAUCACACAUUCCCCAUCCCUGUUGUAUAAGGAUAAAUAGCAGUGUGCACACGGAAGAUAGGAUUACCAACAUUGUUCUUGGUAUGAAGGUAAUUUAAUAUCCACAAACUCUUCUUUUUAUUUUUUUUAUUUAUAGCACUUUUAUUUUCUGCUAUAAGUUCAUGUUGGGGAGUCUUGGAGUAAGGCACCUUACACUUUAAAAACUUUUAAUACACAUCUUAGCCUCUAUUUACCCCAUUCUUUGGGGUUCCGCAAAAUUCUUCCCAGGCAUAUGCUUUCUUUGAGUCCUGGUCCAAUGUUAAAAGUGGCAUGUCUAAUGAAUGCUUUUUUGUUUUAGAAUUUGAAAUACAGCUUUAUGGAUACCAUUUGUGUUAUCACCUGGCAUUGACCUCCCUCAGGCAUGUUGCCUACCAGAAUUCCUUCCUGGUCUCUUCUAAGCCUCUUUAAAUCAAGAUAGUCCCUGAGGACAUCCUAUUUAGCUGGCCCUGAACUCUAGUUAUAGGAGGCAUUCCUUAUUCAAGAAACCUUUGCUGUUCAAAAAGAACUGUAGAUAUUCUUCCAUUGUUUUCCUCUUAAAAUGUAGUAUUUUUCCAGAUUCUCUAGUUUCUUAUAUCAGCCAGCUGCACCAUAGGUCUCUUGAGACCGGAUGCAUCCUUUCAUUAUUGAAAGCAAUGUACAGCACUGAACAGGCACUCCCUUAACAAUGUAUGUACAUUGAGUUAUGGUGGUCCAUGGCCUCCAUGAUAGGUGAGAUAUAUUUAUAAAGUUACACCAGUUUUCUCUCACCUUGCUUUCCCAAAGUCUACUUUAUUUAUAAAUAUAAGAAAAAUAAAGUAGACUUUGGGAAAGCAAGGACAGAGAAAAAUAACUGGUGUAACCUGUUUUAUCUUUAACUGUGGCAAUUAAUAAUUUCUGCUUUGGAUGCAUAGGUUGACUAGCUAAAUUUAUUAGGGAGAGGGUACCUUUUAAUGUACGAUUAGCACUAGGAACUAUACCACCUAAUCAACAUCUUUGUGGGUGAUUCUUGACUUAUCUGCCAUUUAUUCCUUUUUAUCCUUUACCUGCCAAUAAGCUGCCUUUAGUUGAUCCCAAAGAGGGAAAGCUUGAGAGAACUCAGCAGCAUAAACCUGUUUUACCCUUAAUGCUCCUGCUAGGGGGGGUCUGAAGUACCAGUGGUUUGUUUUUUUUGUCAGAUGCCAAUGCUGUAUUAUGGUGGAAUUAAUUGCAUAUAUGUGCAUAUGUGUUUGGUAAAAUUUGCUUGUGUUUCCAUGGUAUCCUGCAAAAAGUGGUAGGGUGGCAUACAUCUCUCCCAUGGGAUGAUGACUUUGCUUACAAUGUGGAAAUAACAAUUUUUUUUCACAGAGAAGAUACACACGUUCUCCUUUCACAUGGUUGUCUGGAAGUGCAAUAAGAGAAAGGGAAACCUAUGUUUCCACCAUCAGUUUUUUCUUAACUUAGUGCAUAGUUAGAUAACAUUUUCAACUUCCACAGCUAUUCCAUAGCUACGGCAAACCAGCUGUAUAUGUUUUAUGUAUAUGAUGCAUCUUUCUCAAGGGGCAUUAAGGAUAUUAGAUACCUCUUGAUAGCAGAAGAGGAAACUGUUGCCAAAUUAUUGGUUGGGUGUCUUGUGCUCAGCCUGGUCAACCUUGGGCUAUAGUCCUGAAAGCAUUUCCUCUGCAUUAUGAGCUGUUUUCCCAAUAAUUUUUUCUAACAAUUGUUUUAUUUUAGUAAGUCAGCCCUAAUUUUGGUGUGUAUACGUGUAGCCUGUUGGUGGAUUAAAAUUUAAUAAACAUCUCUCUUCAGCUGCUAAGAGUGAGCAUUUGAGAUAACCCAGUUAAACAAUGGGGACAAGAUAAGGAUAGUUUAAUCCUAAACUGAUUAGAGAGUGGACAAAAGCAUAGUGCAUAAACCUUUCAUUUAUCCUUUUUUUAAUUUGUGGUAAUAUGCAUUUUGAGACAGACGUAAGAGCCAAAGGUGUAGAGCCUUGCACAGACCACUGAUUGCUACAAAUAGUCAAUGAAGUAGACUAUAGAUACAAACUCAUUAGUUUUUCAAGGUACCACAGAAUUUUUAAAAAAUUCUAUUUUUAAAUUAUACACUGCAUUCCUAUUCUAGUUUGUCUCCUUGGCUGAAUGUGCACAAAUACGAAGCAUUCAAAAAUGCAAAAUUAAGCUGCAUCCAGUGCUUGCACUAAUGUUUUGGGAGGAGGUUAGAAAACAUUGUGUUUCUCCGAGUGGUAGAAAGCCCCUAGCAGAAGCUAACUAGGGCUGUGUACACACCAUACCCUCAAAGCACAUUAUUUCCUCCAAAGAAUCCUGGGAACUAUAGUUUACUGCUCACAGACCUACAAUUCCCAGCACCCUUAGCAAACUAUAGCUGCCAGAAUUCUUUGGGGGAAAUAAUGGUAUAUGGUGUGUACGCAGCCUAGACGGGAGGGGGAACCUUGUUGCUGAAGCUGGCCAAAAAUACAGCAGAAAGUUUGAAACAUUUUAUUUGUAUGUAUUCACAUUCUGUUCCAGAAAAGGAAGCUUGUUAAUCUUUACCUUCACUACCUUUUUCUGGAUAUAUUUCCAGGAAAAGUGAAAAUCUGUGUUGCCUGCUACAUGGUCUAAUGACAUAAUCAGAACAUGUUAGUGCUUUUUUGCACUAGAUUAAGACCCUUUUAUACAAUUAAAUUGGCAGUGCUGUGUUCUUGACUUCUUUAUGUAAAUAAAAUCUCAUAGUGGCUUGUUAA